GCCGCCCGCGCGCUCCCGUAGUCCGCACGUAGAGUACACGUAGGUAAGUUUACGUCACGUACAAGUGAGUGAGAGAAAAGUUCGUUGAAAAGUGACACAAUAAGCAACCAUGAGUUACUUGGAGAAAAUCGAUGGUUACUUGGACUCGCUGAAGACAGGAAAAAGUGCCAUGGUGGACUCAUGGUUCAUGAUGUCCAGCCCGAAGCCGAUCCUGACGGUGGUGGUGCUGUACCUGGUCUUCCUGAGGGUCGGUCCCCGGCUGAUGAAGAACCGGCAGCCGCUGCGGAUCACCAAGCUCAUCAGCUACUACAACGCGGCGCAAGUUGUGCUCGCUUCUAUGAUCUGUUUCAAGGCGACCAAACUAAACCUAUUCAGAGAUGGAAUAAUGUACGCUGGUUGCCGGUAUCCGUCCAACACACAAAACGCAUUGCUCUUGGACAUCGGCUGGUGGUAUUUCUUUGCCAAGUUUACGGAGUUACUUGACACUGUCUUCUUCGUGCUGAGAAAAAAGAAUAAACAGAUCACGUUCCUCCACGUGUAUCAUCACGUGAUCAUGGCUCUAUACUCGUGGAGCUACCUGAAGUUCGCGGCAGGGGGAGAGGGGACCAUCCUCGCCCUCCUCAACUCCCUCGUCCACGUGGUCAUGUACUCUUACUACCUGCUCUCCGGCCUGGGACCCAAGUACCAGAAGUACCUGUGGUGGAAGAAAUACGUGACGAAGAUGCAGCUGCUGCAGUUCCUCCUUAUGCUGGCAUACUGCGCGUGGACAUAUAACUCGCCGCGGUGUCAGUUCGCCGUCGGCUUCACGUACUUCAUCUCGGCGAACGUCACCAUCUUCCUCAUCCUCUUCCUCAAUUUCUACUCCAAGAGCUAUAAGAAGUCCAAGGAAUUCAAGAGCGAGAACGGCUUCACCGUAUGUAAGCCGGUGAAAGAUGAGAAAGAGGAUGGUUUCAACACCUUCGGUGUUGAUAAGAUCUGUGGCGAUUACGUCAAAGACGGCCAAGUCUACCUCUCCAGGCGCACGGCUAAAGCGCUAGAUCUAGACUGCUACGAGAAAUGAUUCAAUAUUUUGUACGAUUGAGCUGUCAUGAGACUGAUGAUUGUGAUGGGUAUAUGAUAAAGCGAUUUGAGCCGAAACUGUGCGGUGUAAGGUUUAGUUUACGAUGGACUUGUGGUGUAUAGAGAAGAGAGUAUUUAAAUAGAAAAUAUGUAAAAAAAUCAUAUCAUUAUUUAGGGUGUACUUAGUAUAUUUUGGCUACUAAGCUUAGUUUACGUUUAGGAGAAUUACUUUUUUACGAAUUGUUUAGCGAACGCGAAUUAUAGUUAAAAUAUCAUCGAUCUUACUACAAAAGAUUUAAACAGGUGUUGAACGGUUGA